AUGGCACCAGUUUCACUGCCGAAGCAGUGGCAGGAGGAGAUCCAGACCAAAGUGAAACCUCGAUGCCAGCUGAAAACCUUCAUCUUGUAUGUCACCGCAAGAGAAAAUGGCAAGACGUUGGCGAAACUUCUCCCCCACGAUGAAAUUCUGACCACAUACGGCGCCGUCACCUCCGAGUACCAAAUUCUGACUAAGAGGACGAAGAAUAGCAGACUGGAUGACAAGCCCCAUUUCCAAGUACCCAAGCUCCCGCGGAAAGCAGUUUGGGAUGAUCUAGAAGCCGAGCAGAAGGCAUUCUACGACUUGCUCGAAAAGAAACUGCAGCUCACAUUGAGCCGCUACCUCAAACCUGGCACGGUGCGCAAGAACUGCAACCACAUGUUCACCAUGCUCCUCCGUUUACGCCAGGCAUCUGGCCAACCCCACCUCAUCAAGAAUCAUGGACUUCCAGACGGAGCAGAGCUUGAUCGCGAGAUAAUGGGCUCGCCGUUGAGUUCGACGACGGAGUCAUCGAGAGUUAUUCGACUGCAAGACGAGUUACAAAGCCCAAAAUGCGACGAGGUAACGGAGAACCCCAUCAUCAUCUAUACAUUUGGUAAUUAUUUCUCGCGCAUGAUGGAGGCCAAGCAGCUUGCUAUUGAGGUCAAUGGUGCACAUGGGGCGGAGACGUUUUGUUUCAAAGAUACCGUGCGUCCGAAACACACCCUCGUUGGUUUCUUUGUCACUGUUACUUGGUCAAUGCCCACAGGCUCGAUACCUCUGUGUCUGACACCAGCUAGGAUGGAUGAUAGCUCCAAUGACGAUCAGUAUUUAAUCGGAGGACAAUAUGAUCCUGCGGAUGAAUACGAUAUGGCAGGCGCUACCUUUAUGUCUGGCGAUGACAAGGGGGGGCAGGGGGACGACAAUGGGCUUCUGCUUACCAAGUAUGUGUAG